GUGAGAUCUUCAAAAAUGCUCCUGUUCAGGUUCCCCCUGUUGUCUAUGCUCUGCGCAGUGCUGCUAUUCGACUUCAUUCAGUGCAAGAAAGUCAUCUGCACUGACUACUGCUGCUCUUUUGUGGAGGCAUUUCCAGUCAAACUGAAAGCGCUGCGCUCCUCGUACGACAAGAUCCGAGACUAUUACGAAUCCAAGGAUGAUCUGGAGACAUCUCUAUUUAACCGGACAAUACUCGAACACUUUAAAAGUCCUUACGGAUGCAGUGUAAUGAACGACGUCCUGUAUUUCUACCUGAACACGGUUUUACCCAGCGCCGUCCAGGGAGAGAGAAAACGCAAACACAAAACUCCUAUCGACACCAUCGGAGACGUGUUUUUCCACCUCAAGAGAGAACUACUCAAAUGUAGGAACUACUUCACAUGCAAGAAACCUUUCGAAAUUUCCCAUAUCCAGGACUCAUACAGUCAAAUGGGAGAGAAAGGCUUGUACAAAGCCAUGGGAGAGCUGGACUUGCUAUUCAACUACAUUGAAGAUUAUCUGGUAUCAAAAAGGCGCAAGAACUGAAUGGAUGCUGAUGAGGGAAAGCCAACUUGACCUAUAUUUCUGUAGUGUGCAUGCAAACAAAAAAGAAACACUGGACAUUUAUUUGUUCCUAUUGCAAUAACCAGAGUUUUUUAGAACUCUAGAAAAGUUACCAAUGUGUCUUCCACUGUGGAA